AAUUCUGCUUCCUGAUGACACGGCGACGUUGGUGGCAAAGGCUGAAAUCGAUGUCUGGUGGUCAUACAGUCUAAAGUGUCAGACCCAUUGAAAUUACUGCAGAUGAGAAUUCCCUAGCUGUCUGAUGGUUAUCAGAGAAAUAGCAGCGUAGGUGGGAGUCCUGCCGUCCUCUAUGCCUCAACCCGACCAAAGACACUGGAUACGUCCCAAAUGGAACACUAUUCCCUAACGAGUGCACUACUUUUGACCAGAGCCCUAUGGACCCUGAUUAAAAGUAGUGCACUAUAUAGGGAAUAAGAUGCCAUUUGGGACACUACCACUGGAUUACUCUUCACCUCCCCCAGUGUGACCUGGCCCAGUGAGAGGCCUCCUGAAUGGACGGGGGAGGUGAUGUAUUUGGGACAGAUCCACCAAUGAGCUCUCUCCCUCCCUCCCUCCUUCCCUCCCUCCCUCUCAUGUCACAACACCAUCACCUCCAUGCUCCAUUCAUGUUAACAUCUUUAAAAAUAUAUAUGGAGCAGCAACUCUCUGAGUUAACAGCACUCAGUUAAUGGAGUUAAUGGCACUCAGGGAAGACAUGAUGCUUAUCCCAGCUCCCUGAGGACACAAUGGCUUUCACGGUUGAUUGGUCAUGUGCCUUCAUCACCCUUGAGAAUGUGGAUAAUAUAGAACCCCCAUGGCCCCACCAACCUCCUCAGUAUCUUGAAGAGCAGUAUAUCAGACCUGGUCUCAAAUAAUACUUUAUCUGUGCUUAAUUGAGCUUGCUUGGUGCAAUGGAACCAGUAGAAUAGUCCCAAAAGUGCAAACCCCGCCCAUCUGGCACUACAGGUAGGCUAAAGCAAACGAUCACAAGUAUUUGAACGAUUACAAAUAGUAGUCCUAUUUAAACCCAAUCUGCAGGAUAUACACUCCAGGGUUCUCCCCAAAGAAGGAAAGAGGGCGCUGCGACACCUUGUGGACUGACUGUGCCACUAUAAAUAAAAUCAAGUUAAGUUUAAAAUAUAUAUAUAUAUAUAUAUAUAUAUAUAUAUAAAUAUAUAUAUUACCAUUUGUUAUCAUUUAAGGUAAUUUUGCUCUAGAUUGCAGGAAAUGGCUGUUACAUAUGUUUAAUAAAGCAAAAAUAUCUGGGUCAAACCUCCUCCCGCCGUACUCAGCACCACCUUGUUAAAAAACCUUUAGGAGAACUCUGCACUCACUAAUACAGAACAAUAGCUCUUGAUUUUUAAGUUUUCCCAGUGAUUUCUUUCAGCUCACUAAUACAGAACAAUAGCUCUUGAUUUUUAAGUUUUCCCAGUGAUUUAUUUAAGCUAAUGUUAAGGCGUCACUGAAUAGCCACACGCCAAGACAGUGCCUGAUGCUUUAAUACCAAAGAGGUUGUAGUACUCCAAGAAAAGCCAAGUGAUCUUCUCUAAUCACCACAUUUUAGCACUUCUCCUUAAGCUCCCAACAAUGCACCAGGUGUGGUGAAAGGUAUUUAUUGGUUUAAAGUUUUUGUGGCAUGAUGGCUUGUGUAAUCAAUUGACUAAUGAUGACUAACAGGUCACAAAACGAGCCAAUCCACCCCUUGUCUUUCAGAAACACCAGACACUUCCUUCAGCGUGUUUAUUUUAGUUGUUUGAAGAGUUGCACAAAUUAUAGUUGUAGGUACAUUGACAUUUACGUUUUUUUUUAUGUGACUUCAAAUGAAAGCUUUUCAUGUUUUUAUUGAAUGCCAUUUACAUUCAAUUGUCUGGAGUCAAGACAUGACAUUGUACUUUGUACUCUUGGUAGAGCAUGGCGCUUGCAAUGCCAAUAUAGUGUGUUCGAUUCCCGGGACCACUGUACGUAAAAUGUAUGCAUGCAUGACUCUAAGUCACUUUGGAUAAAAGUGUCUGCUAAAUGGCAUAUAUUAUUUAUAUACAGUAUAUUCAUUAUAUAGUCUUGAUGUUGUAUCCCACUCCUUCUGUUUUCGGCCACUUACUGUUAGAAUAGUUAAUGUAUUGCCACAAAUGACCUAAGAUAAUUGUCACGAAAAUCAUCCUCACAUGACACACUAUAAUUUAUGUCCCUUUUAUAUUUCCAUAUUUGAAUGUCAUUUGAAUCUUAUUUUUCCCAACCCAAUCAACCGCUAGCCUUACGAUCUAUCUACAUAUUUCAUAAAGCAAAUGUCAUCUUUUGACAUGACUUUUAGGAAAUAAAGAGCUGUCAUACAAAACGGCAUUCAUUCUUUCUUCUCUUCUCCUAAUGAUAAUAGCAGCCGUGGUGGACGGUGAACGUCUUUGCAGUAAACGGGAAACAGCGUAGAAAAAAGCCUACUUGACCAGCCAAAGAGUUCACCUAGGAAUAAGAGUGUGACGGCGCUAGGUCAGUCAUCAGUGCGUAUGUCUCAGCACUGAAUCAAAGGGGUCUGACUGCCUUCAAAGGAUGCAUUUAUAGGCUGGCUCUGUAAUAUUUACAGACGUUUUUAGAGAAUGUGUUUAAUCUGUUUUAAUAUUCACUGAGGUGACAGAUGCUGAAAUAGCAACCUUUUCUCAUCCACUGUGAAGGUCUGAGGCUUUGUCAUAACUUGAAGGACAGAUGCACUUAGUCUUAUUGUCCCAUCUCACAGUCUCAUCAUUUAAUUGUCAUGACCAUGAUAAUUACUACAGUGAGCGACUCACAGUUCAAUCCAAGCCAGGGUGUGAUGGCCACAGGCUCCGCGCUCCACUCUCCCAGUCCUGCGUCACUAGAGUAUCAAUAUGUCUCCUCCCGCUCUCUGAACCCAACCAAUACCUCACCUCUCUCUCUACACCCCCCCACCCCCCCCUCUCUCUCUCUCUGACCCCCACCUAACACCCUCUUCUUACUUCUAUUGUCAGGGAGGCACGAUGUCCCACGAUACCCCAGUCGCACCAGUAGAGACACAGUGUUCAUACACAUUUCUCCACCUCUCUUUGUUCCUUUUGUUCAUUUCACACUCAUCUCUCUUGAAACAACAGUUUUCAAAUACAUUCUGGGAAUUGUGUCGAAGAGAUGUACAUUAGCUAUAGUCUAUUCAUUUAUAGGGUAUGUGCCUUGAGAUCAAAGUUUUGCAGCAGAUAACCAGAUUACAACCAAACAUACGUAUUUUUCUGGUUGCUAAAAAAACAUCAACAAAACGUCCUUUUACAACCUUUUACUAAGUAUAACGUCAUAAAAGAUGUCAUAAUAACAUCAUCGCAACCGGUUUUGCAUAUUGGGAUGUGUUCUCUGAGCUCUGACUGAGUAUGUUUCUGUCCUUCCUGCCCUGCCCAGAUGGAGAGACAGACCCUAAUGCAGAACCAGAUGAGAGAGAGGCAGAUGGCCAUGCAGAUAGCCUGGUCCAGGGAGUUCCUCAAAUACUACAGCACCUUCUUCAGCCUGGCCGCACUAGGCCUCACCAUCUGGUGGGUUCUCCAUAGAGUUAACUAGGCCUCACCAUCGGGUGGGUUCUCCAUAGAGUUAACUAGGCCUCAACAUCGGGUGGGUUCUCUAUAGAGUUAACAAGGCCUCACCAUCUGGUGGGUUCUCCAUAGAGUUAACUAGGCCUCAACAUCGGGUGGGUUCUCUAUAGAGUUAACUAGGCCUCACCAUCUGGUGGGUUCUACAUAGAGUUAACUAGGCCUCACCAUCGGGUGGGUUCUCCAUAGAGUUAACUAGGCCCACCAUCGGGUGGGUUCUCCAUAGAAUUAACUAGGCCUCAACAUCGGGUGGGUUCUCCAUAGAGUUAACUAGGCCUCAACAUCGGGUGGGUUCUCCAGAGAGUUAACUAGGCCUCACCAUCGGGUGGGUUCUCCAUAGAGUUAACUAGGCCUCACCAUCGGGUUGGUUCUCCAUAGAGUUAACUAGGCCUCACCAUCGGGUGGGUUCUCCAGAGAGUUAAUUAGGCCUCACCAUCGGGUGGGUUCUCCAUAGAGUUAACUAGGCCUCACCAUCGGGUGGGUUCUCCAUAGUAAGCUAUGCCUACAUCAUUUUAGUUCACAUUAAGCCUGGGUUCUUCAAUAGUUAGAGAUAGAUGAUUGAUAAUGUUUUAAUAAAAUUAUAACAUUGCAAAAUGAAUGUUUUGUUAAUAAAGAGACUAAUGAAAAUGAGAUGGACCAAAAAGAUGAGGCAACACUUUGUUUGAACUGUAUGUCACAAUACUGUCAUAAACAUGUCAUAAACAUAACAUAACAUAUAUAAUUACAUUGAUAUUGUUGAUGACAAUAUGAUGCCACUAUUAUGCUGUAAUGACUUCAGCGUUAACAGAUGGUUUGAUGUUCUGAAACGCCAUCGCUUGCCCAGCUGAGUGACUGUAUUUCCUACCUGUUAUGUGCGAGAGAGGCUCAGGGAUCUAAAGCGUCAGAGGUGAACUGAUUCAUGUGAAGUGCGGUGGCCUUUCAAGCCAAAUCACUGUUUUACUUAGUGGUGUGAUGUGUGCAUGCAGUUCAUGACCUGUUAUUCACAUGCAGGUUAUAAUUCAGUAGUUCCAGAUUCAUAGUGUUUAAUAGUCACAUGUGCAGGGUUGCAGGUGUAGUUUCUGGUCAUAGGAUGACAUCUUCAUCAAAACAAACAAACACACCAUAGAGAUAAAUACAAUGUCGCCCUCGCCCAUAAUGUUAUCAGUGAAGCUAGUUAGUGUGAUUUAAUUAUAAAUAAAUAAUAUAAAUUGUUUUUAAGCAUAUCAUGAUUGCUAUAAGUGUUUGUUGAUCUCUGUCUUUGGAUGCCAACAUAAGCCUUGACCAUGUUGAUAAUAUAGGCUAAAUGUGUGCCCCACCCCUGCAAAAAUGUAUUUAUUGGUUUAGUUUCAAACAUUUGAAUGAUUGUUUUAGGCGUUAGUUGAUCUCUGUGACUCUGUAUAAUGUACCUCUAUCCCCCACACUUGCAGUGCCAUUAAGAAGAGGAAGCCAGCUCUUUGUCCCUGUCGUACCUCUCAUCUUCGAUGGACAUGGCGUAUGGAACGCUUAUCUACCGCAUGAGGGGUAUGUACUUCUCUCUUUACCAAGUGUACUGACAGCUGACAGCUGACCUGAAACGUACUGUGUACACUCUGAUAUUAGAUUUUCACAUUGUCCUUUCCAGCACGGUUCCAGAAACUAUGCUGGAUGCAUAACCAGACCAACGCAGUACUGCUAGGCUUGGCUCAGUAGUGUGAAAGGGGUAUUAGUCCCUUCUAUUUGAGCGCACAAUCACGUCUAAUAGUGAUGUCACCAAAAGAUUAGAACAAAUGGGGAUUAAAAUGUCCCCAAUUUGAAGACUAAAACCAUCUCAAGCAGAAAGAGACAAGAGAGGAAUCAAUCAUGCUUUUAUUUGUUUCUCUCUGUCAAACUUCAAACCUCAAACAUGCUGUGACAUUACAGGCUGUGCCUGGGAAGUGCUUGGGUUCCAUGCUCAUUAGGUAUGGCGAAAGAUAUUUGUAUUCCCUGACCAAUCUCCAAUCUGGCUGCUUUUGAAGUCACUGCCUGAAGUGUCACCUCUCGCAAAACGACUUAGUUAGAUUUUCGUUCAGACAACUAGAAACCUUGCUAGGCAUACCCGCCAUCAAACGUAUUUGAACGUAUACAUUUAACAGAGUGGCUGCGUUCUCAAUUCUCUAGAAGCCUGUUCCCGAGAGCUAAAAAUCCUUAACUUCUGCGCAUUUUCGGGAUUCUCUACUUUACGCACAGUCUCUGCUCAAUUCGUUCGGCUGCCCAGAGAACAGGUUACUCUGGCGAAUGGUGCUUGUUUAAUAAAGUUAGAUCAAAGCUGAAUCAAUGUCUGCAAGAUCACAUAAUGAUUGUAUUCUACAUAACUGAACCGAAUAUAAUAGCAUAGUACAACGUAACUGUAAGACAAAAAAAACACCUAAUUUCUUAUGACAUUUGAGGAUGAUUGUGCGAAUGCUCGCAUUUUUCUCUCAUGCGGGCAGAACUCAACAGCGCGCGACUCUAUGCAAAAAAUGUGCUUUGAUUGAAACAAAACAGAGGUAUGGUACAGUUUGUUAACACCAUCUGCUCUAAAAUUCGCUCACUGUACAUAAUGCAAAACAACACUGUACUUAACUAAAUGCAUAUUCCCAUGAAACUGAUUGAGAUCAAAUGGUUGGCAUGCAGAUGCUGCAUGGACGUUUCACCGGUAAAAGUUGAAGAAUUGUCAUUCACGCUUUACAGUGAGAAAUGUGAAGGGAGGGUGACCACAACAAUGUGUGCGUAAAGUAGAGGUAAAGAAACAUCAUGCAGAACGUGAUCCAGAUGUUUUGCUCUGAGUGGCGCAGUGGUCUAAGGCACUGCAUCACAGUGCUAGCUGUGCCACUAGAGAUCCUGGUUCAAAUCCAGGCUCUGUCGUAGCCGACUGUGACCGGGAGACCCAUGGGGCGGCGCACAAUUGGCCCAGUGUCGUCCAGGGUAGGGGAGGGAAUGGCCAGCAGGGAUGUAGCUCAGUUGGUAGAGCAUGGCGUUUGCAACGCCAGGGUUGUGGGUUCGUUUCCCACGGGGGUCCAGUAAAAAAAAAAAAAAAAAAUAUAUAUAUAUAUAUAUAUAUAAUAUAUGCACUCACUAACUGUAAGUCACUCUGGAUAAGAGCGUCUGCUAAAUGGCUAAAAAAUAAGAAAAGAAAAGGGUUCCAGGGGGGCGGAACUGGCGGUUACCGUCGGAAACGCAGCCUCCGCCUAAAUAUAACAUGAGAAAACAAUAUUCUUGUACUCAGUUACUACAAUAUAAGGCAGCUGUAAUUUCAACAAUACUCGGGCCAGACCACCACAUAUUAAGUUUAAUAUCAGUAUCUUGGUUGAAAGCAAAAUACAACAUUUUCGUGAUCUUAAAAGAAAAAUGGAAAAUAAAGUAUUAUUUUUCUUUGCCUGCUUGUUUUCUUUGCUCUCUGAUUGAUGUCACUUCCCGUCUGUGUGUGUCCCCCCAGAUGAGGCAGAGAGCAUAAUGGUCUCAGAGCACGACCGAUUGGACCUUCCACACGGUGUGGCCAACUUCCCGAGCAUUGAGAAGGCAAGAAGAGCCAAGAGCUCCCUGAGCUCCCACUUUGAGAAA